ACGAACUCCCGCGCUCCUGAGGCUCGUUAAGUGAGGAAGAAGAGUCAUCGGAACGAGAAUGGACGACUCCUUAGGCGUGACGUAUAUCGGAGCAUAACUGAAUUCAAAAUCAGUCGGUCCGCCGUACAAAUAAUAGAGACUGAUUAAAAACAAUCAAUUUUUCUCAAUAUGGGGGUGAGAUCAGAUAAUGAGACUCUAAAACCUUGAUCAACAAUAGUCAUAAGCCUUGGGCAAGGUAAAGAAAGCUAGCUAGCUAGAGGUUCUUAAUGUGUAUUCAGUUUUAAAAAGGUAUUAAAACACCAUUGUAAAACGCACAUGGACUUGGAAAAAAUGUAAACCCAAAUAUUAAGCCAGCAGUUACAGAUUCAUAGAUUUAAUUUUAGUAAAGGUUUAAUGGCAUUAGACCAGAACUGUUCUUAACCUAAUUCCCAACUCCCAAUUCAAACUUGAUUUAAACCUCAUAAAGCCUCUGUUACUUAUCCCCAGUGCCCAAGUCUAUAAAUAGUUCUCCAUGUCAUCCUCCAGUUCACAGACCAAGUAGUAAAUCUAUAAAACCAAUAUCAGAAGGUUGCGUUUGAUACUAGCUAGCUAGCCCCAGAAGCCAUGUCAAUGAACAUUGAAGCAUUGUUUUCAGUGCUACUAGUGGCAUAUUGCAGUACUGUCUUGCUGGCCAAUGCGCAGAUUCUACCACCCAAUGCUCCUUCGAUUCCAGGCCUGUUUCCACCAGGAAUGCCGCAGGAUGCACUCAAGUGUUGGUCAUCCCUAACCAACAUUAGUGGAUGUGCUUUGGAAGUCUUUCGCUCUAUUUUCAGCUUGCAAUUUGGCAACAUUGGUCCCAACUGUUGCAAGGCCUUUCUUGGUUUGGAGGAAAGCUGUUGGCCUAGAAUGUUUCCUUUGAAUCCUUUCUUUCCUCCCUUGCUCAACAACAGCUGUUCUCUCAGAGGUUUUGUGCCACCGGCAUGAUGUAGGAGAAGGUGCUGAUCAAUUCAUGAUGAAUAAAGAAAGAA